UGAGAGGCAGAGCUCAGUCCUUAUUUAGGAAGCGUGUCCGGCGCGUCACGGCUGGUCCGCCCAGCAACAACUCUGAUAAAUGCAGCGGCUUCAUUUUACACAUGGAAUAAAGUCGACGAUGGAGUUAAUCUGGGGGAAUUUCUUCUUCACUUUAGUAGUCAUUACUGACAGAAUAUGGCGCUCACAGUCCUUCAACGUCGGCACUGCAGGUGCUAAGAUUUUCAGUGGGCCAGCGGAGGAGGAGUUUGGCUACACGGUUCAACAAGCAACAAACUAUGAAGGCAAAUGGCUGCUGGUUGGUGCCCCAUGGAGUGGUUUGACUAACAGGAAGGGGGAUGUUUACAAGUGUCCAGUCUCAGGGUCCAGAAACAGCUGUGACAAGCUCAAUCUUCAAGAUUCUGUUAGUAUUCCAGAUGUUACAAGCGUCAACGACAACAUGAGCCUGGGUUUGACUCUUACCCGGAUGCCUUCUUCUGAUGAUUUGAUGGUGUGUUAUUGA